ACGAGCGUGUGUAAUCGAGUGACGGUGAAGACCAAGAAGAAGAAGAUGGACGAAGAUCUGCUGAGCGGAGGAUGAGCGGAAGAGUGGAGGUCGAGACAGACGUGUGAAUGAGCGAGUGAGAAGGCGGCGGCCGCGGAGGAGGAGGAGGUGGUGGGGGAGAAGGAGACGAUUGUCGUGAGGGAGCAAAUUCAAGACCAAUGUUUUGGAGGAGCGUUUCGUGACGGAAACUUUCAACUUUUUUUUCCUUUUUUUUUUUAAACCGCCACUCACUCGGCUUGUUGUGCCCCGGAGCCGGCCGGCUUUGUCUCACGACGCGGGCGUCUAUAAAUGGACUAAAACAGAGCCCCGCAGACCAUCUCUUCGCAUUAACCCAGAGCUCAUUACUAAAGAAUGGCGGCCAACAUGUAUCGAGUGGGAGAUUACGUCUACUUUGAGAACUCCUCCAGCAACCCGUACCUGAUCCGCAGGAUAGAAGAGCUCAACAAGACGGCCAACGGGAACGUGGAGGCCAAGGUGGUAUGUCUCUUCAGACGGCGAGACAUCUCCGGCAACCUCAACGCUCUCGCCGACAGCAACGCAAGGGAAUUUGAGGAGGAGUCCAAGCAGCCGGCGCUGGCCGAGCCACAGAAGCACCAACUCAAGCACCGGGAGCUGUUCCUCUCGCGCCAGUUUGAGUCGCUACCGGCCACUCACAUCAGGGGCAAGUGCAACGUCACCCUCCUCAAUGAAACUGAUGUCUUGGCAGGAUACUUGGAGAAAGAGGACUGUUUCUUCUAUUCAUUGGUGUUCGACCCGGUCCAAAAAACCCUGUUGGCCGACCAGGGAGAGAUCAGGGUGGGCUCCAAGUACCAGGCGGAUGUGCCCGACAAGCUGGCGGAGGGUGAGGAGCCAAAUGCGCCCGCGCCGCUCUUCCUCAAAUCCAUUUCUUUUCUUUUCUUUUUAAUCUCAGGAGAAUUGGAUGGCCGCAUCCAGGAGAAGCUGGAGACCAAGGUGUGGGACCCUGACAACCAACUCAAAGACCCCCAGAUUGACCAGUUUCUGGUGGUGGCAAGGGCGGUGGGCACCUUCGCUCGGGCUCUGGACUGCAGCAGCUCCAUCCGCCAGCCCAGCCUGCACAUGAGCGCGGCGGCGGCUUCUCGAGACAUCACGCUGUUCCACGCCAUGGACACGCUGCAGAAGAACCAUUACGACUUGGCCAAGGCCAUGUCCACGCUGGUGCCCCAGGGCGGCCCCGUGCUCUGUCGCGACGAGAUGGAGGAGUGGAGCGCCUCCGAGGCCAUGUUGUUUGAAGAGGCGCUGGAGAAAUACGGCAAAGACUUCAACGACAUCCGCCAGGACUUUCUCCCUUGGAAGUCUUUAGCCAGCGUGGUCCAGUUCUACUACAUGUGGAAGACCACAGACCGCUACAUCCAGCAGAAACGACUGAAGGCGGCCGAGGCGGACAGUAAGCUGAAGCAGGUCUACAUCCCCACCUACACCAAGCCCAACCCCAAUCAGAUCAUGGUGCCGGGGAGCAAGCCGGGCGUGAACGGCGCCGCCACCGGCGCCGGCGCCACCGCCGCCGGCUUCCAGAAAGGACUCAACUGCGAGAGUUGUCACACGGCCCAGUCGCCUCAGUGGUACGCCUGGGGGCCCCCCAACAUGCAAUGCCGACUGUGCGCCUCCUGCUGGAUCUACUGGAAAAAAUACGGCGGCUUAAAGACCCCGACGCAGCUCGAGGGCGCCGCCCGGACCGGCUCCGAGUCAGGGCCGCGCAGUCACAUGACCCGCCAGGAGGUCCAGGGCCUGUCGCCAUUCACGCGCAACGAGGGCCGCGCCAAGCUGCUGGCCAAGAACCGCCAAACGUUCAUCCUGCAGACCACCAAGCUGACCCGCGUGGCCCGCCGGGUCUGCCAGGACAUCCUGCAGCCUCGGCGGGCGGCGCGGCGCCCCUACGCCUCCAUCAACGCCAAUGCCGUCAAAGCCGAGUGUAUGAUCCGGUUGCCCAAAGCCACAAAAACUCCCCUGAAGAGCAAGCUGGUCCCCCGACCGUCGCUGGCCAACAUCGUGAAGGACUUGGCCAUCGCCGCUCCUCUCAAGCUGAAAGCGUCCAGGGGACCCCCCACGCCCAUCAACAGGAACCAGGCCAGCCAGCCUAGAGCGGGCCAAGGCCUGCUGGGAAAGAGGGGCUUUGACAGCGGCUCGGGAACGGCCUACUCGGCCAACGGGAGGGCCUACACUUCAGGCAUGAGGACCACCUCCCAGUCUGUCAUCAAGCGUCAGAAGGUCAGCCAGGGAGAAGCCCCCAACCCUGUUGUCUUCGUGGCUACAAAAGACACCAGAGCACUAAGGAAACAUCUGACUCAAUCGGAGAUGCGCCGGGCGGCUCGGAAACCUCACCUUCCCGUGCGGCUCAAGCUGCCGCCGCCGCCCCCUCGCCCCCUGGCCCUGCCCUUGCUCCCGUCCAGCACCAGCGAACCCAUCGUCCUCGAGGACUGAAUGGCGGGCGGGCCGGCCGGCCGGCCGGUCGCUUUUCUUAACAGGAUAGCAGCGGUCUGUGUCCAUACUUUUCUCUUUUUUUUUUUAGUUCCCCACCAAGGAUCCCUCCCGCAGCUCAGGCUUUGUAAGAUUUUAUUCCAGGUCCUGAAUUAUUUUGUAACACCCCACUGGCUUUUAAAUGUGUAAUUUAAGUGGAAAAUGUUUUCUCCCUGAAACAAUUUUGGAUGGUAAAGCACACCGUGUGUCAAUGUGUGCGUGCAUCGUCGCUAUCUCUGCUCAAAGUGAAGCUCUAGUCUAAACACUUCAAACUUUGGCCCCCGUACGCGGUUGGCCGGCCGGCCGGCCGGCCGGCAAGCAGCGGACAGCUUGCCAACCUGUGCCAGAUAUCCCAGCCAGCCAGGCAUUGCAUAGCAUACAAUAACACCGGCUUGUUUUGUGCUCGCUUGAACAGCCGGCGGCACUAUCCAAUAAUUGUUCAGGACCCUCCACUCUCUUUCACUUUUCUAUCUCAAAGCCCACCCCAAAUACUUUUUUUACAAAGACAAUUGGAUCAUCCUAAUCCCUGGAUUCCACAGCACUUGGGGAUAGCAAUGAUUCUUUUUUUUCUCAAGCAGCUUUGGUCCCAAUGUGGAGUUUAUCUUUCCUCAAAAAAAUCAAAAAGAGGGGGAGAAAAAAAAAGAAGAAAUGGCUGUGUUUGUAGCAAAUACCCGUCUGUAAAGAUCAGGCAAGUGGAUAACUGCAUUAUUGCAAAUGUUUUCUUUUUUCUACAAACUGAAGUACAUCACUGAAGUACAGUUAGGUUGUUGUUGUUGUUGCUGCAAAUUUUGAGAUGUCAUUGGGCAGGGGGCCAGACCCUUCAAAAAAGUGUGUGCGCGUGUGUGUGUGUUGGUGGGCGGGGAAUGACAUUUUGUAUAGGCAGCAAGAGAAAUAUGCGACAAAUGGUUUUUUAUGAUUAUUCCAGCGUCUCUUUAUCCUGUAAUCUUUCUUGAUGACAAAAGAAAUAAAGUUUCUUUUUCUUUUUGGUCA